AUGGAGAACGUCGUCCGUCCACCCGCACUUGAAUACGGGGCGCAAGCCGCAGAUCCAGACCAGAUGACUCUGACCGAUAAUCAUUACACCCACAAGCAGACCAAUAUGCUGAGCAACCAAGAGUUCCAACCUUACGAGCCCGAUCAGAGGCAUUCACAAGGCCAGCAAUCAUCAAGCCAUACCGAUGAGGAAAAGUCUGAGGCUAUCGUCGACGCGCCUGACGGAGGCUUCGUUGGUUGGUUGCAAGUCUUGUCUGCCUUCCUUCUCGUGCUGGACGGCUUUGGCUUCAUUACAGCCUUUGGCGUCUUCCAAUCCUUCUACGUGGAGAAGUUGCACGGCUCAACGGCGUCUGACGUUUCAUGGAUUGGAUCCAUGCAAAUCUUCCUGCUGUUUCUCCUCGGUACAGUCAGCGGAAGGGCCAUCGACGCGGGGUACUUUAGGACUACACUAUUGACUGGAUUCAUCUUUCAAAUCGGUGGCAUCUUCGGCGCUUCUUGGUCUGACAGGUACUGGCAACUACUACUAUCUCAGGGAAUUGCGACGGGUAUCGGCAAUGGCAUGCACUUCACUGCCCUCGUCUGGUUAGUCUCGCAGUACUUCACCAAGAAACGCGGCCUUGCUCUCGGCAUCAGCUCCUGCGGUGCACCCAUCGGAGCUGUCAUUUUCACCAUCAUGGCACGCCAGCUAGUCCCUGCGGUGGGCAUCGCGUGGACUCUCCGCGCUAUGGGCUUUUUGGUGCUCUUCAACAGCGUCAUUAUUUUUCUCAUCUCACGACCAAAGGAGACGAAGCGUUCCUCUGGGCCACUCCUUGAGCUGGCUGCCUUCAAGGAGCUACCUUAUCUGCUUUUUACGAUCGGCAUGUUCUUCACCUUGCUCGGGGCGUACUUUGCAUAUUACUAUGUCCCCCUUUUCGGCCGCAAGAACCUUGGCCUUGAUGACAACGGCGCUUUGACGAUUCUGAUCAUCAUGUCUGCUGUAGGCAUCACGGGACGCCUGAUUCCCCCGUACUUUGCCGACAGGUCUAUCAAGCCUCUGAGGACCCUGGUCAUCUCGACCCUCCUUAGCAGCCUUAACGUCUAUGCAUGGAUCGGCGUGCACUCCACCACUGGUCUCACUGUCUGGGUCAUUGCUUACGCCUUCACCGUAAAUGCGGUGCAGACUCUGUUCACGGCAUCCAUGGGCGAGGUCACAUCCGACAUGUCAAAACUAGGCGUCAGAAUCGGCAUGGUCUUUACUGUCGUCAGCUUUGCCUGCUUGGCUGGUCCACCCAUCGGUGGAAGCCUCGUUACUCUCGGAAAAGGCGACUUUCUGUACGCGCAGCUGUUUGCUGGCACGACCAUGCUUGUGGGUGGACUUCUGGUUGCUCUUGCGAAAAUCAAGCAGGUUGGCCAAAAGGAUUUCUGGAGAAUCACUCAUUCGUAA